AUGAAUCUAAAAACAAGACAAGAUACUUCUACUAAAUUUAUGAUAUCUUAUACAAAUAGCCUUAUCAAGCAUUUUCACGAUAUUCCCUUGAAAUUAAUAGAAACAAAAUUACCAACUUCAUCUUUACAUUUUAAUUUUUUCAUCUGUGUGAAAAGCAAAUUUUUAAUUGCUUACUUAUCUUGUUUAGGAAGUAAUAAAAACACUUCAAUGGUUAAAAGUCAAUCUGCAAUGACAAUAAACAGAUAUGAAAUUGAAAAACAGGUGGGUGAUGAACCAUAUGUUGCAAUGUUUAAUUCCGAUGCACUUAAAGAUACUAGGGAGGAUAGUGGACAGAAUCUGUGA